UUGGUAGAAGAAAUGUCCACGGUUGAGUGAAGAACAUUAGUUUCGAAACCUCAUUCGAGAGUUGGUUUGACUUUCUUAACAGUGCUCUUGUUUUGGUGGCCAAGAGAACACAACCGGCUGGCCUUUUGCUUCCGGGAAGUACAAAUAUAAGAACUUCUUAUCAACGUUAGUGUAAUCAACUCUGUGGCACUUCGUGUUCUUUCCCGCGAGAUUUAAAGAUCUGAAACAUGAAGAUGCAUAAUAUUCUGCCUCUGGUGAGUAUGUUAACUUGUGUAACAGUUGUUACAAUGACAUCGGAUAUCGAGAUUACCAGAAAAAUUCCAGCUGGAAAAGAAGGAUGGACGAUUGGGAAAGAUAUGUUCAAGAUUCCUUCAUCUUUAUGCGGCGAGAUCUAUAAUUGCUCAAGCUUUGACGCCGAGGCGACAAGUGUUGCCUGCACUUGUUCAUGCCCCAGCCAUUCUGCAACUUUCAUUUUUCACAACGAGACAAGGGGUUGUCAAAACAACGAGGACGUUCGUGCUCUAUUGGCAGGAGGGGACGAAAAGACACCAGUCUAUUUCAAAAACGAGAAUAUCAAAAAAGAACUGCGUAUAUUGAAAGUCGACGACAAGAAGAAAGUAAAGUUAAAUGAGGACAGCGGUAGUUGUAAUGUAAAUGCACAGUACUCCAGCUAUUUCAGAUGUGAUGGCGCUGGAGAUGACCUUCCCGCAAGCAACACAUUCAGAAUCAUUCGGGGAGAUGAUGAUUACUCUCUUAAGGUGACUGACACAACGAGCUUUGAUUCCAUAUCGGGUAGAAUCAUUAAACUGACAAUAAAUUGCAAGAGAGGAAGGAAGACCACGAGCUUCGUUUUGCUGUUUAAGUAUGAAGGAUCUUUCAAUUGUACCAUACCAACACCAACAUUACAGCCCACAGCCACAGCAGAGCCAUUGGGUACAUCUUCUCUUUCAUCUCCAUCACUGAAAACGAGUGCAAGAGAACAUGCAGCUUCGACGGUCGCCCAAAGUUCACCAUCGACUUCCCAUGUUCCGUCGACUAUUCCUUUUACUGUAUCUAUGGUUACUGAUCCGUUAAGGACACCAUCUUCUACACUGCCAACAACCUUCGGUGUUGGCGAAGCUUCACCAACUACUUUAGCAAAGCGGCCGACGACAUCAGAUUCACCAUCUGAAGAUCCUGUUGUCGCCCGUCGCGAUCCCGGCUUAGAACGAAGAACAGGUGGAAAAUCAUCCCCUAUGGCCCUCAUCGCGGGUGUAACCGUCGCCAUCUUGGUUAUUCUUGUCAUUAUUGCCGUCCUGGUCUAUCGACACCGACAUUCAGUGGAUAAGUUCAACUCUGGUAAAGAAAGCGAAGAGAAAAAGAAAACAGCAACGAGAAGUCUGGACGGAGUUACAUUGGAUACACUGGAUAACGAGGAUCAUUACCAAGCGCUUACGUUAAGAGAACCAGCUGUUUAUGCGUCAGGCUAUCAAGUAUCUGUUCGCGAUGGAGAAGCACACUUAAGGAAUUCCAGCAAAAAUGAUCAUAACGAAGGACAUUUCUACGCUCCUUUGAAUAUUUCUGAAGGGAAAAACAUCAAUGGUCACAAAAACAACCAGGAAAAAGUAAUCAAGGACACGAGGCCUAAAAUGAGUGGCCCCAUCAGCGUACACCAACGUGUUUAUGAUCUAAUGGAGGAACUAGUCGUGGACCCUUUGAAAGAACCUGUCGAGGGUGGUGGAAAUUCCAGGAAAAAUGAUCACAACGAAGGACAUUUCUACGCUCCUUUGAAUAUUUCUGAAGGAAAAAACAUCAAUGGUCACAAAAACAACCAGGAAAAAGUAAUCAAGGAUACAAGGCCUAAAAUGAAUGGCCCCAUCAGCGUACACCAACGUGUUUAUGAUCUAAUGGAGGAACUAGUCGUGGACCCUUUGAAAGAACCUGUCGAGGGUGGUGGAAAUGGCACUGAACCAGUGUACAACGUUUUGGAGGGGUCAUGUCUCGAUGGGUCUCAAAGCCCCGCCUACUUUGGUAUCACGUCAGACUCUACAGACGGGCUACAUUACAACUACAUUGACAAAGGCAAUCAUCCUAUGAGCAACGUUUCAGAGCAAAAAGAAUCAAGUUAUUAUGCUACAACGGGCUUAACAGAGCCUGUUUACAACACGUUAGAGGCACCGGUCACUGAAAAUGAUGGUGACCCCGUGUACAACGUUUUGAAGGCUCCUGAAGAUGCAUAAGGCCCUCACCAUUGGAGUGCUUUGUUUAAAGUAGACCCAAUCCAUCAUCACGUAGAAUAAGCUAAACAACACAAGUGGCUUGGACAUUAGCAUCGAACCAGUUUACGAUAUUCUUGAAGAAGAUCCAAUCUGAAACCGCUUUGAUUGGUGACAAUGAAUUAGCUCUGGGAGAAAAGAAAGACCUUUUGCCUCUAAUGACGGCCACGUAUUUGUGUAAAAAGCAGUAAGAAUGGCAUAGCCAGAAUAUGGGAUCCUUUCUGACAUAGUGGACAUGUAUGAGUCGAACAAAUCUUGCCGAUAAUUAAUCACCUAUUUGGAAUGAAUUUCUAUAAAAAGAUAAUUUGUAAUAUUGCAUCUUCAUUUUUAUCGACUAUUUCUAACAACCUUAACUAGAAAUAUUUCAAUGGAAUCCUUUCUGUGAUAUAUCUGUGACUAAUUUUGAAAAUUUUAAUCUCUAUUAUUAAGUGUAGGUUUUUGAUUGAAGUGUAUUUUACAUUUAGAGGGCCACAAGUUUGUCAGUAAUUUAAUAAUUGUUGAAUAUUAUCCUUUUUAAAUAAAGUCUCUUACUUACUUAAUUACUUACUUAGGAACUAAACUAUAUUAGGCCACGAAUCCGUAAAAUGCCAUAAAGUAAGCGUUAAGAUCCUCUUUACGCGUGUUUACGAACUUCUUUACACUCUUGUAAAGAAUGUCUUUACGCAUUGAAAACGAUAGUACGUAAAGAUCACGGAGAGAGACUAAAAACGUUAUCUUUAAGUGCCUUGUAAAAAGGCGUAUAGAGAAUAUUUACGAUAUUUUACGGCGACUGUAAAGCGAUCAGAAAGGCGAUCUUUACGCAUUAUUAAACUAUCGUAAAUGGGCAAUAUUUAUAUGCCCAUCUGUCA